UUGCAGUUGUACACAUUCAAAGGACCACACUGGUGUGACUUUUGUGCCAACUUUCUCUGGGGUCUCAUUGCUCAGGGCGUCAAAUGUCAAGACUGCGGAUUCAAUGCCCACAAGAAAUGUUCAGAGAAGGUGCCAAAUGACUGCAUGCCUGACAUGAAGUACGUCAAGCGAGUGUUCGGUGUCGACCUGACGACGCUAGUCAAGGCGCAGAACACGUUGAUUCCAGCUGUUGUUGAGAUGUGCAUCAGGGAGAUUGAGAAGAGAGGAAUUGAGUCGGAAGGCUUGUACAGGGUGGCAGGCUUCCAUGAUGACGUUGAGGCCAUCAGGAUGUCUUUUGACAAGGAUGGGGAUCAAACAGAUAUAUCAGUAGAUAGAUACGACGAUCUGAACACCAUCGCCAGCGUUCUUAAAUUGUAUUUCAGACUCCUACCUAUUCCACUGAUCACGUUUGAAGUCUACUUCAAAGUAAUCGACAUCGUCCGUGAGGAUGAUUUGAACAACACUCAAAAGUUGGAGCAGAUAAAGAACAGCUUCGAACUGCUACCGCCAGCCCACAAUCACACCCUCAAACAUCUCAUCUCCCAUCUGCACAGAGUAACAGAGAAACAGCAGAAGAACAUGAUGAACGCAGAGAACCUAGCCAUUGUGUUUGCACCCACACUCCUUCGUUCACCUGAAACAGAUCCUCUGUUCAGCCUGACUGCCGUGAGGUACGAGAGGGAACUCAUCGAACUUCUAAUACUCAAUCACUCAUAUUUCUGCACUAAUCUCAGUUGA